AUGAAACUUGACCUCGGAGUCCGAUCGGAUCAAAUCAUUUUGCCACGGUUACAAACAGUAACGUUCAAACAAUUAUCGUCUUCACAUUUUCAUCCCUAUCGGUGCUCGUCCAUGGUGCGAGUGGUGGUCGUCGGCGACGCGCAGGUUGGCAAGAGUUCUAUCAUCAAGUGCUACAUCUCCAACACCUUCGACGAGAACUUGGCACCUGUCAUUCCAAUCGCUGUUCUGCCUCCCGAUGCCUCGCCUGAGCGCGUCCCUCUCACGUUGGUGGAUACCUCGAGUCGAGACUGGAAUAUGCUGGAGGAGGAGGUCAGACAAGCUGACGUGGCGGUGGUGGUCUAUGCGGCGGACAAGCCAGACACGCUUGGCAGAGUCACUUCGCAUUGGCUGCCCAUGCUGCAAGCAACCAAGGAGAGCAUCCCUGUGGUUGUCGCUGGAAACAAGUUGGACCUCAGAAGCGGGGAUGCGCACAGCAUCGAGAGUGAGCUCAGGAACGCCGCAGCUCCUAUCAUGGAGAGCUUCAGCAUAGUCGAGACAUGCAUAGAUUGCUCAGCAAAGAGAAUGAUCAACAUCCCCGAGGUGAUGUUGUUUGCCACCAAAGCUGUGUUGCAUCCUUCUGCUCCUCUCUACGAUGCUGUGCGACACGAGUUGAAGCCACUAUGCAUCAAGGCUCUCAAGCGAAUCUUCAAUCAAUGUGACGGCGAUGCUGAUGGAGUCCUAAGCGACGUCGAGCUCAACAAGUUCCAGGUGUCUUGCUUUGGCUCUCAGCUCCUUCAAAAUCAAGUUUACGGCAUUAAGAAUGUCCUGCGUCGUAACCUGCCGGAUGGAGUGACUGAGAGAGGCAUCACCUUCGUAGGCUUCGUCUAUCUGCUCACUUUGUUCAUUCAAAGAGGACGGACCGAGACAACCUGGGAGGUCCUGCGAGCUUACGGCUACGGCCUGGACUUGCGGCUGAGGAGAGAGACGCUCCCCAACCUCGGCAACGAGCAUCGAGACCAGUGCCACCAGCUCACCGACGAGGCGCUCGUGUUCCUCGAGACGCUUUUCUUGAAGCAUGACACGGACAAGGAUGGGUCCCUCUCCCCCGACGAGCUGCAGUCUCUCUUCGAUCCGACUCCUGGCAUUCCAUGGGACGACGCCAAGCAAGUGACCAGCACCGACAAGAGAGGACAGAUAGACCUCAAGGGCUUCAUCGCUCAGUGGGUGGCCUGCUGCUACCUCAACCCGCUUGGCUGCAUGGAGUCGCUCGUCUAUUUGGGUUUCCGGGGGGGGAAAGAGAGCAGUGUAGAGGGAGCAAUCGCAGUUUCACAGAGAAGGUCUGUGGAACACCUACAAGGGACGAGGACGCGGACAGUUUUCAGAAUCACGUUGCUCGGGGUCGGGGGGGUCGAUCCGUUCGUGUUUGCUCGCUCUCUGCUUCCUCGAAACGUCCAAGAAGGAGGCAGCGAUGAGCAGCUGGGCAAGGAAAGUCUCAGCCCGCUCGUCAUCUCGAAAGUAGCGGCGACAACUGACUUUCACUUGAUCGUCGAGAGUGUGAGCCUCAUGAACGAGCAUGAUGUGAGCAAAGUCAAAGAUGUGGAACGUGACGGGAAGGGAAGCGACUGCAUUGUCAUCUUUUAUCCCAGCCAAGUUCAGAGUUCAUUCUCUCUUGCAUGGGACGCUUACGCCCAGUUGUCAAGAGUGAACGAGGGAAGUCCGAUCCUGUUUGCAGAAGUCAACAACAAGACAUCCGAAGAAGUGGAUGACAUCGCGAUUCAGUCUCCCUCGGAAACUUGUGCACAACAUCACCUGCCGCUUCCCCUCCAGCUCUCGCAUGACGGAGAAGGCGAUCAAGACUUGUCACCCUUGUGGAGUUCGGUGGUUGAAGCUUGUCUGCAGCCGCACAAGUCUUCUCCAGUGCUUGCAGAGAGGAAGAGAAAGCGCUCCAUGUGGAAGCGACUCGGUCAGAUCUCCUGCUACUCCGCCCUCGUCCUCGCGGGCCUGGCCGUCGCCUUGUCACGCGCGAGGUCUCUCAAGGGUUGA